GAUUUCCUCCCAAACCUAGCAUCCACGACUCUUUACCUCUUGUAACUAACCACCAACUCAAUCAUGGAUGUCUACUACUUCUACUCGUAUGGAACCGCUGCCUGGAUGGCCUUGCAAGCCGCUCCCAUGAUUGCUUCUCCGACGAUGAUCAUGGCGCUUCUCUCACCAGAAGUCCGAGAGCCAUCGACUCUCGAAAUUUACUUUUCCCGUCAAUUGGGUUUUGCGCUGCUUGCGAUAGGCGCACUGAAUAUACUGCUCACGGGCUCGGUGCCGCUGUCGAGUAGGCUCUCUGAAGGAGCAACUACGUCAGCAACCGACCCUAAAGCACCCUACGCCCUCCCCACGCUCACAAUAACGGCGUUUUUCCAUGCGGCCCUCGCCUUCUAUGGCUACACCAUGUGGACCGAGACUGGCGUGUUUAGCUUCGGACUGGGCACAAUUGGCAGCGGCUUCUUCUGCGCUAUCGCCAUGUGGUGCAUCCUGUUUGCAAGCAGCGAUGGCCGCAUCAGCCGCAAGACAGGCGCGGACAAGAGGACGAGUGGAUUCCCCUUCAAGAACAACCAGGCACACUCUGAGUUGAAGAAGGGCAGGUAAAGCGCUCGGCCGCUCUCAAUCAGGUAUACUGUCAGGGCGACUAGUAGGACCACAAGGUCCCAGGCCAAGGGUUGUUCUUUAUGGCGUAGGAUUGAGACAUCAGGGUUGAAUGGCCGCAAUGGUACUGAACCACAGAGCUGCCAUUUGGCGGGCUAGCGCCAUGCGACGGAAGUGAGCACGGGCUCGAUAAAGUAACGACGGCCAGCACUUCGGAAAAAGCGGCAUUGAGCACAUUGGGCUGUUGCAAUGUAACGGCUUCCUUUUCAAAUUUAAAACUAUCCAUGAUGCGUG